AAUUUUCACUUCGAGGUGCCCUCACAUCAUAUCACGUUCACGGCAGUAGUUCGCUCUAGGAAUCACGAGCGCUCUGUUCAAGAAAAGAAAUCAAAGCUAUGAAGAACCGAUGCACGAAUUGCGCAACGGGCGGCGUUAUCCGUCGAAGUGCAUUUGUGUGUGGGGGAUGCAAGUUUUCAGCCCCCGCCGCACCGCGGCACCGCGGGCCCGGUAGCUCGACGACACGCACAAGUGCGAGGAGCGACAGCACAAAUGUUGCGAUCGACGAUGCAUCGAGCCUGGCCAUCAAGAGCAGUUCAACAAUAUCAACUGCAAAAAUGUCUGGGUCUGGAGAGUUGCAAGAUUUGUUAUGCAUGUCGCGGACAGCACUCAUGGUCUGUAGAUGCAGACAGAAGCAUCACAGAUUUUUUUGAGACCUUCCUCAUGCCUCUUGCUUCCGCAUGAGAAAUCAUUCCCGUUUUACAUUUCCUAGCGAGAAAUGGGUAACUGUUGGCGUUCAUGCAACACAGGCUUUCUCGUGAUCCAGCUUUCGCAUGACAGGCUUCAUUCUUCCAGACCCAGACAUAUUUGCAAUGCAUAAACAACAGCAGGUAGCAGGAAUGAUAAUCCGCGCAGCCUGGCGGCGGAAAUUCGGCGGAAUCUUGAACGAGACGCUGAAUUUCUCUCCAUGGGGUCUCUUAAGUGCGCCAGCCUAUUCGCCGGAUACCAGGAGCGAGCGCGCAGAAUUUUGCAGCUGCACGAGAAGGUGGGCACGUGGUCAAAUCUCGCCUCCAUGGUUGAGCUGUACUACUGGCUCUGCAAGGCCCAGACGGGAUCUCCGACGCCCCUGGAAGACGAUUUGCUGGUGGGCUAUUCGAGCUUGGUUUUGCGCUGGUUUAUCACCUGAGACGGCUCCGGUGAUUGCGAAGGGCCCUUGCGGCCACGUAGGAGCAGAACAGCAUUAGAUUUUAGCGGUGUAUAGAAACUGCGCUUGUCCCUUCAGGCCCAAAGGAGGAUAUUAUGCAGAUCGGUGGUUACAUGAUGAAAGAAUUUGGAUUCAUAGGCGUGGAGCAUUAUUCUGCAUCUGCUUAAGUAUGCAAGAAUACAAUUGAGAAGCGAACAGGCAGCAGGGAGACCAGUCCAUCAAUACAACGGCAAGACGCUAUAAAGUAGAGGCUCGGAGCCGUUAUUUCCUUGCAAUUCUUUCACGCGACCAAGCAGGAGAAGAGCGCGACAGCACUGCGCGAAGUACUGCGAGUAGCUCAUCACCCCCUCCGGGCCUCUCUUCGGACACGAUUCGGACCAUGGGCAGGGCACUCCGAGCGUGCGUACUCGCGCAUAACAAGAAGAGGUGGGAAAUGGCUUUUACGUCCGCGGUGCAGGCGGAAACGCACUCGAGGCACAUCUUUCACAACGCGGCGCGGUACGUCACUCAGCGGAAACAUGGGCUGGCCCUCGAGGACUACAGUGUCCUGCUGCCCAGUUUUGCCUCGCGCCGGGCAGUGGAAAACAUCUAUGUCGAAUAUGGAGACCUCUUUGAGGAAGUAGCGUCCGCAUUGCUUUCCGCGGCACGAGUUUCCCGUGCGCGUCCCGAUGCUCUCCAGCAUUGGUUGCCGCAUAUUCUCCACGCCUUCGGACAAAUGGCCAUCGCCAUGCGGGGUGCUAUGACAUUUCGAGGCACGCGUUCUGGCAGCAUGGACGGUGAUGCGAUUGCAGGGUGCUCGGCAACAGGCGAGGACGAAGUAGCGUGUCGGCGACGGGAAAAAUUUCGUUUACUCUUCACUGCCUUAGUCGGUCGUUUGAAGCCGCACCUUGCCGUCUUGGAUUACUCUCAUCUGUGCGCACUCGCUAUCCAAGAGGAAGAGACCACCAAAAGCUCGAGUGGGCAAACAUGUCGGCAUCAGAAAAGAGUCAGUGAUGCUCGAAUAAAAGCAUGACAAAGAGAUAUUAAUACCGCUGUUCGUGUUUUUUUGGGAACAUCGCGGCCCUGCGCCGCACAAAUUAUAAAUUGAGUCAUCAAUGUCUAUAUGCAGAAAUAGGCCCAUAAUUGCGAUUGUAACUCUAUGUAUACUGCCUCCACGACCAUGAGGGCUCCGACAGGGUGUUCUUUCCUUCGGAUGCCAGCGCUUGCAGUGCGGCAGGGCGGACUAUACCGUGACGCAGGUUUCUGGACACAGAUUGCUCAGAUCAUUCGUGAUCGUGCCCGAGAGCCCGGCAGCUUUUCCAUUCGAUCGCUCGGAACGCUCGCUACUGCACUGGCAGAAACGAAAAGUGAAUUGGAAAUCACGCCAAGUAUUGAAGAAAAUGGCGGCGCGUACGGUGGCACGCCCAGCUGCUCUGUGCCGGCACUUGCCGCACAGGGCGCUUCGACCGCGGGAGGCUGCGACCCAGAGGAACAGGAGACGCUGCGUAGUCUGCGGGAGCUACUGUAUCGGCUGGAAAAGGCUAUGAUCCUGCACUGAAUACGAAUAGCUAAACGUACCAUGUAUGUGUGUAUAUGGAAAAUUGUCUGUGAAGUAGAAUGAACAUUAGUAGUCUUAGUUACGCUACGAGACCCGUCUUUUGUUGCGGCCUACUAAGUUACAACGCAGAAGAUCGAGCGGCCGUUUGAUGGAGUAGGAAGUCUUUUCAUUGCGAUAUACUUGACGAAAUUUUGUUCGAGCGGGAAGCGUAUGCAUUGCAAAAGUAUCGCACUAGUAUAAAUCGCAAUACGAAUUACCUCAGCAUGAAAAAUGGAAUUUGUAAUGCUGUUUUACCUUAGGAAGAAGAUUUGUCAUGCAUAUUUGCAAUUACUACGAGUGCGAUGCUUUUGCACAGGAUAAAGCGGAACUCUGCUACCACGAAAUCACGCACCUUGCAGAAAAUGUUCCGGAGGACCCGGGCCGGCGCGGGCUUCUGUGCGAAAAAAUUGCUGCAACCGUGUUGCUUUUUCCGCCAACCUACCUCGUAUCCGUUUUCGUGGCGAUGCAGACGUGGCCGGAAUCUACAACUAAGGGUGCUCUUGCACAGGACGAGUUGUGCCGAGACUAUGCGAAUCGCGGGACUCGGUACAACUCUUCGGCAGAGAAGCUCUUCCGGCGAGUGCAGAGCCUGUUAAGGCGACAGCUCAGCAUGAAGACGCGGUAUUUCACAGCCGACGACAUCGCACGAAUUGUGGUGCACACAUCGUCCUCGAGCAAGCAUGACGUUGCUGGGCCGCUGCACAAAAGCAUGCAACGCGAGGUGAUGCGCAGGCUCGAGGAGUGGGCCCCUGCAGAGACACAAGCACUCGUGGCGAAGCUCCGCAACAUCGCACGGUGCGAAUCCUGGUUCGUGCCACAAGAAUACCUCCCGAGUAAUAUUCGGACCUGCUGAUGCUGCAAAGUUGUACGCUAGCAAAGAGCCUAGAAAUUUGUUGAUGAUUUGAGUUACUGCAACUCACAUGAGCAGCGCGCUAGAAGUGAAGCGACCGACUAUACUCGUUUAUGGUUCCACGACAACACGUCGGAACUUUUCACGACCCGAAAAUACAUACUACAUUCGACGCGCUAU